AUGGCGGGGCGUGGGCUCCGGAGUCUCCUGGACAUGAUGGUCGCUGAGGAGGAGAGCCUGAAGGAGCGCCUCUUGAAGAGCAUUGCCCUGUGUCGGAAGGAGCUUGACACCCUCUGCAGGGAGCUCCAGCUGGACCCCUGUGAGGCAGAGGAAGAAAGUACCAUUCUGCAGAUGGAGAAGAAUUUGCGCACCCGUGUGGAAGUGAUGUUAAAGCAGAAAAGGGACAGGAAGCAGGAGCUGAAAACCCUGCAAGAACAAGAUCGAGACUUGUGCGAUAUCCUCUGCACAACCCCGUUCUGCAUCGACAGCAAUGCCGUGCCCAGCCUGGAGGACCUGGAUCGUUACAGGCGCCACUUGGCCUCCCUGGCCGCCGAGAAGGAGCAAAGGCGAGAAGAGUUUGUCAGCAGCAAGCGGCAAAUCAUCCUCCUCAUGGAGGAGCUGGACCACACUCCAGACACAAGCUUUGAGCGGGACGUGGUGUGCGAGGACGAGGAAGCCUUCUGUUUGUCCAUGGACAAUAUUGCUGCCCUCCAGAAUCUGCUGCAGCAGCUGGAAGCCCGGCAAUCCCUGAAUGAAGCUGUGUGCACAGAGCUGCGCUCCAGAAUCGUUGCACUUUGGGAAAGGCUGCAGGUUCCUGUGGAGGAGAGAGAGUCUUCUGCGGUGCAUGUGACUGGGUCCAGAGCCAAAAUCAGGAAAGCUCUGCAGUUGGAAGUGGACCAUCUGGAGGAGCUGAAGCUGCAGAACAUGAAAUCUGUGAUUCAGGCAAUCCGGGCAGAGCUGGCUGACUACUGGGACAAAUGCUUCUACAGUCAGGAGCAGAGGGAAGGCUUCAGCCCCUAUUACGAUGAGGACUAUACAGAGACCCUGCUCGAGCUCCAUGAUGCUGAGGUGGGGAAGAUGAAGAGCUACUACGAAACACACAAAGAUCUGUUUGAGGCUGUCCGGAAAUGGGAGGAGAACUGGAAGCUGUUCCUGGAGCUGGAGAGGAAAGCAACUGACCCCAGUCGCUUUGCCAACCGUGGGGGGAAUCUGCUGAAAGAAGAGAAGCAGCGAGCAAAGCUGCAGAAGACGCUUUCCAAGCUGCAGGAGGAGCUGGAGAGCAGGGUCCAGGCCUGGGAGCAGGAGCGCGAGGGGAUUUUCCUGGUGAAGGGGCAGCAGUUCAUGGAGUAUGUGAUGGAGCAGUGGCAGCUGUACCGCCUGGAGAAAGAGAAGGAGAAACAGGAGCGGCACCUGAAGAAAAGCCGCCAGAUUGAGACAGAGAUGAUGUAUGGAAGCACCCCACGGACACCCAUAAAGCGGCGAGUGCUUGGCCCCCACACACCUGGCAAAGUAAGGAAGCUCAACGGCACUUCCAUCUCCAGUGCCACACCCAACAGCACUGUUCGUUCUGCUUUUGGGGGAACCAUCUACCACUCGCCAACAUCUCGGUUGCCACCUUCCGGAGGGAAGUUUGGCCAGGCUCGGACCCCCAGCCGCGUGGCUGCGAAGCCCCCCCGUCCUGGACACAGGGAGCGGAACAAGGAGAACGUGUCCCAGCUGAAUGGAACCACCCUGAGCGGUGGGUGCACCCCCACAGCCCCUGUCCAGCGUAACCACAGCGUUAAUUCUGUUGCCAGCACCUAUUCUGAGUUUGCGCGCGAACUUUCAAAGGCUUCCAGGUCUGACAGUAGCUCCCGUGUCCUGAACUCCACCACCACCACUGCCUUCUGCUGAGGUGCUGCCUGCCAGGCUCCAGCUGCUCGUAGUUGUAGUGAGUUGCUGCUCCAGCAGGGCGUUACGC